AUGCACACUAGCCCACUUUCAUUCUCCACCGCGCGCCAUCAUUCUUCCUUCCUCCUCCUCGCUAGACAACUUUUCUCAACUCAGCAAGAUGUAUAUCACGCCAAUCUCAACAUCGCAGCCCUCUCACGCGCCGGCAACAUCAACGCUGCACGCCAACUGUUCGACAAAACCUCCCCAAAAGACAUCGUCACAUGGAACUCUAUGCUCACCGCCUACUGGCAAAACGGCUUUCUACAACAUUCCGAAUCGCUCUUCCAUUCCAUGCCAAUCAAAAACGUCGUUUCAUGGAACUCCAUCAUAACCGCAUGCGUUCAAAACGAUAACCUCAACGACGCGUUUAGCUACUUCACCGCAAUGCCGGAGAAAAACACUGCGUCGUACAAUGCUAUGAUGUCGGGUUUUGUGAGAAUGGGACGCGUGGAGGAAGCGCAGAAGCUGUUUGAAGAAAUGCCGCGUCCGAAUGUUGUUUCGUAUACUGUCAUGAUUGAUGGGUAUGCCAAGAAGGAAGGUGGGAUUAGGCGUGCGAGGGCGCUGUUUGAUGCGAUGCCGAAUAGGAAUGAGGUUUCAUGGACGGUGAUGAUUAGUGGUCUUGUUGAGAAUGGGUUGUAUGAGGAAGCGUGGGAAUUGUUUGAUAGAAUGCGCAAGAAAAAUGUUGUUGCUAGUACUUCUAUGAUUACUGGGUUUUGUAAACAAGGGAAGAUUGAAGAGGCUUGGAACUUGUUUCAACAGAUUCCGUACAAGGAUCGAGCUUCUUGGAAUAUAAUGAUAACCGGUUUCGCCCAGAAUGGGAGAGGGGAGGAGGCACUAAAUUUAUUUUCACAAAUGGUCAGGACUGGUAUGCAACCUGAUGACUUGACUUUUGUUCCACUUUUUACUGCCUGUGCUAGUCUUGCAUUACUUGACGAAGGAAGACAGGCGAAUGCUCUUGUAAUUAAGCAUGGCUUUGAUUCAGAUUUGUCUGUGAGCAAUUCGUUGGUUACUAUGUACAGUAAAUGUGGUGAAAUUGUCAACGCUGAGUUAGCCUUUAGGCAAAUUUCUCAUCCGGAUAUUGUUUCAUGGAACACAAUCAUUGCUGCAUUUUCACAGCAUGGUCUCUAUGGCAGAGCUCGAUACUACUUUGACCAUAUGGUAACAGUUGGUGUUACACCUGAUGGCAUAACUUUCCUGAAUUUGCUAUCUGCCUGUUGUCGUGCUGGGAAGGUUGAUGAGACCAUGAAUCUUUUUUACUUGAUGGUGCAUAAUUAUGGUAUUCAACCAAGGUCUGAACACUAUUCUUGUAUAGUUGAUGUUAUGAGUCGAGCAGGUCAAUUGAAGAGAGCUUUCGAAUUAAUCCAAGAGAUGCCAUUCAAGGCAGAUUCCAGCAUCUGGGGUGCUCUUCUUGUGGGCUGUAAUAUCCAUUCAAACGUGAAAUUGGGGGAACUGGCUGCUAGGAGCAUUUUGAAUUUGGAUCCUUAUAAUUCUGGUGCUUGUGUGAUGUUGUCUAAUAUAUAUGCUGCUGCUGGCAAGUGGAAGGAUGUCAAUAGAGUGAGGGUUAUGAUGAAAGAGCAAGGAAUUAAGAAACAAACAGCUUAUAGUUGGAUGCAGAUUGGAAACAAACUCCAUUGUUUUGUUGGAGGGGAUCCGUCACAUCCAAAUAUAGAUGAUAUUCAUGAAGCUUUAAGGAGGAUUGCAUUACAUAUGAAGGUAAAGGGUAACUCUGAAGAAGAUGCUAUAAGUUAG